CAUUAACGAUCGUCAGUGUCGCAUUCGGCCAUCCAUAAUGCACAUCAAAUCGAGCUUGCUCAUCGUCCUCUGUGGCUGCUGCUGCCUGGUGCUCGGCAGUCCGGCACCGAGGCGAGAUACACUCGUGGGUGCCGCAGCCGCCGAAAAGACAGCCGUCGUCGACACAGCCGCUCUGCUGGAGCAGGGCGCCAACGGCGGCGAGAACGUGGACCGCGCCAAGAAGCAGGCCUCGACGACCUUCUGCGUGGAGAUCCGACAGAACAAGCCCACGCAGGUCGACUGCGCCGAGGUGAAGCAACCAACGACGCCCGAGCCGACCCCAGCGCCGACGACCCCGGCUCCCGUGGUCUACGUGGUGCAGCAGCAGCCACCGCCGCCGCCGGAGCCCUGCGAGCCCGAGAUUGCCGCCUACAUGAUCCAGCACCCGGCCGAGAUCAUCUACGCGCCGACCGGCAAGUGCCUCGUGCACGGCCAGGCCCACGCCCAGCAGCCCGCACCGGUUCAGCAGCCCCAGCAGUUGCAGGUCGUGCCCCAGUCUGGUGGGCAGCUGCAGGUCUUGCCCCAGAAUCACGCGCACAUUCACGUGGUGCCCGCCAAUCAGGCGCAGCAGCAUCUCCAGCAGCUGCAACAGCUGCAGCCACAACCCGCUGGACCGCAACUGCAGAUAGUGCCUCAAUCGCUGCAACACCUUUUGCGGGGCCCAUCAUCCAUAAUUCCAGGACCACCUCCCCAGGGACCACCUCCCCAAGGACCUACGUUGGUUCCUCAGCCGUUACCUCCUCCGCAGCAGCCUCAGCCCCCGGUGGUCGUGCCUCAACCACAGGUACCCCAGAGCAUCAAGUGCACUUGCAACACCGCCGGUGUGUCAGGCCCAGUUGCUGGUCAGUCUACCGUUUCGGCAGGUCCGUCGAACGAGCAGCUCGCCAUGUCCUUCCUCCAGGGUCUUCAAAGGAAUGCCCAAGCUCAAGGACAGAAACUUGCACAAGCUGGAGCUAACUUAGCAGCGCUGCCUAAUCGUGUUGGCGCCGCAUUCGGCAGAAAUGUGCCAUCAGUCAUUCAUCCUGGUCAUCCCGGCCCACAGCUAUCUUACGGUCAAAAAUCGGCUUCGGAUGCACAAGCUCCCGUCAAUCCGCUCUUACCAGGAGGCUUCCAAAGUCAACUGAACGCGGCCUUUGGCCUGAACGGCGCCCUGAGCUCACCCCUGAACUCACGUCCCGUGUAUAACGAUCAUCUAUUGCCAGCCGGCGGUGUUGGCAGCCCACUUCGUAGUGGGCCUAUAAUUCAGCGGCUCAGUCGGGACAUGGAAGAUCAGAUCAAGCAGCAGCAGCAACAGUCGGAAGCUGCGUCCGCGACGUCGUCCGUCGACGAUGCCUCGAAGACAAAACAGCAGCUCUCGCCGGCAGACAUGAUCGGAAAAAUGAUGAAAAAUAAUCCACCCUCGGUCCUUUCGGACGUUGGCGGUGAAAAAGCCAGAGUCGCCAGAUAUUUAUACGGAAACAAUGAACUCGACGAGGAAUAGGAAAAAUAAAGCAAUAACUUUAAGCUGUACAUAAUGUGAAUUACGAGAGCAUGUUGUUGUUAGUACUUGUUGACUUUUUUGCAUCGCGUCGAAUUUUUUUUAAAUUUUCUACUUUUAUCCUACGAAUAAGCAAAUGAAAUAAUAUAACGAUCGUUUAUAUCAUGA